AAACGAAGUCUCUCACACUUAAACCAGAUAAGCCUUCACCUUCUAGGGUUUCUGACCAAACGUACUCGGCGCCGGCGGCGGUAACAGAAAUGCCUCCGUCUUCAACCACCACUUGCACUUCCCUUCUCCAAGAGUUGCAGAUAAUAUGGGAUGAGAUUGGUGAAAACUACAACGACAGGGAUAAGAUGCUGCUAGAACUUGAGCAGGAAUGUCUGGAUAUAUACAACAAAAAGGUUGAAAAAACUCGUAAGUACAGAGCUGAGUUGCAGAGGUCGUUAGCUCAAGCUCAAGCUGAGAUUGCCAGUCUCAUGUCUGCACUUGGUGAAAAAGUUUCGUUUCCAAGGAAAGAAGGCUCUUUGAAGGAGCAGAUAUCCACUGUAAAGCCUGUUCUGGAAGAUCUACUGAUGAAAAAGGACCUGCGAAGGAAAGAACUCUCUGAGACACUGACUCAAAUAGCAGAGAUCUCUUCUAACAUAGCGGGAAAUGAUUACCCUGUGAGUUCUGGUCCAGAGAUUGAUGAAAGUGACUUGACACAAAGAAAGCUGGAUGAACUUAGAGCACAUCUGCAGGAUCUUCGCAAUGAAAAGGCUGUUCGACUGCAGAAAGUAAACUCUUAUAUCAGUGCUGUCCAUGAGUUGUCAGAGGUUAUGUUGUUUGAUUUCUCAAAGGCCUUGAGUACUGUUCAUAGCAGCUUGACCGAGUUUUCAAUGACUCAUUCGAAAAGCAUUAGCAAUGAUACUCUUGCUAAGCUAACUGAACUUGUAAAGUCUCUGAAGGAGGAGAAACAUGAGAGGUUGCUUAAGCUACAAGGUUUGGGAAGAAGCAUGCAAGAGUUGUGGAACCUAAUGGAAACACCUAUGGAUGAGAGGAGAAGAUUUGACCAUUGCAGUAACUUACUUUUUGGUCCAUCUGAUGAUGCCUUGAAAAAAGGAUGUCUCGGUCUGGACAUUGUCCGAGAGGCUGAAGAUGAAGUGAAAAGACUAAAUGCCCUGAAGUCCAGCAAAAUGAAGGAACUGGUGUUUAAGAGGCAGUGUGAGCUAGAAGAGAUCUGCAGAGGGAAUCAUAUGGACAUCAAUAGUGAUGCUGCAAGAAAGAGUCUUGUCAACCUCAUUGAAUCUGGUGACGGUGAUCUGUCGGAUAUCCUGGCAAGCAUAGAUGGUCAGAUCGAGAAGGCAAAAGAGGAAGCUUUAAGCAGAAAGGAAAUUUUGGACAAAGUUGAUAAGUGGAAGCACUCAAAGGAGGAAGAAAAGUGGCUUGAUGACUAUGAAAAGGAUGAAAACCGCUUCAGUGCUGUAAGAGGAGCGCACAAAAACUUGAAACGAGCAGAGAAAGCGAGGAGCCUUAUCAGCAAAAUUCCUGUGAUGAUUGAUGUUCUGAUCACGAAAGUGAAAGCCUGGGAAAAGGAAAGAGGAGUCCCCUUCUUAUGUGAUAAGCACCCGUUGUUACAAAUGCUGGAAGAAGACAUUGUUAUGCGUGCUCAAAAAGAAGAGGAAAAGCGUCAAUUCAGAGAUCAGAAACGACUACAAGGUCAGCUUGCUACAGAAAAAGAAGCAAAGUAUGGUUCAAAGUCUGCAAAGAAGAAGCCAUUGGGACAGAGUCUUAACACAGACAAUGUGACUAAAACUCCAAUUGGCCGACGGAUUGGGAGUACACCUGGACGUUCUGCUAUUUCUGGAGGCAAAGAUUAUCGAGGCAAUGCCGUGAUACCGUUGAACUAUGUUGCUCUUCAGAAAGAAGAUUCAUGAUAGAUUACUGAAAAGGGGGAGGGGUUUAGGGGUAUAGAUAAGCUACAUUACCUGUUAGUGAGCGCUGAAACUUCUAAUGUGUUUCUUUUUGGGAUUCUGCUUCCAUUGCCAAUGAAGUUUAACAGAUAUCGGUAGCUAUGAAUAUAAAAAGUUGAUCAUUUCACUUGCAAGUUA